UGUAUGUAAAUGAUACAGAUCUCUCCCCUGUCAGCACCAGCAUGCUACUUUGUAUUGCUCUGCAUAUUUAUUUCAGCAAAUAAAAAGCAGCGCACUUACACAGUAAAGCACACACAAAAUUGUAAAACAGCGCACAGUUAACCCUUUGAUGGCCCCAGAUGUUAACCCCUUCCUACCCAGUGUCAUUAGUACAGUGUCAGUGCUUUUUAUUAGCACUGAUCACUGUAUUGGUGUAACUGGGGAUGUCAGUGACACCAAGUCAAUUCCCCCCCCCCCCCCCCCCAGUGUCAGAAUGCCCGCCGCAGUCAAGCUAUAA